UUACAGCGCGAAUUAUCGUGCGCGCACAAAAUUAAUAUUCAAAAAACAAUAUGGCGCUCGAAUAGCAAUAAUUUUUCGAUCAUUUUUAAGGGUUUAUAAAAGAAAUAGUGCGAGUAAUUAAAAAAAUUGCGCGAAUUAGAUAAAGGUGGAAUGUUACCGUUUACUCCACCUGUGGUGAAGCGUUUGUUAGGUUGGAAAAAAGGUACGGACGCCGACGACAAAUGGUGUGAGAAGGCCGUGAAGAGUUUAGUGAAAAAGUUAAAAAAGUCCGGCGCUCUCGAGGAGUUGGAGCGGGCGAUUUCCUCACAAAAUCAUAACACAAAAUGCGUGACAAUUCCAAGAGCACGACCUUGCUCAGAUUUAGGGUCGAAUGUGCAGCAACGUAAAGGUUUACCGCAUGUGAUAUACUGUAAGUUAUGGAGGUGGCCCGAUUUGCAGUCGCAUAAUGAGCUACGCGCUUUGGACCAUUGCGAGUACGCUUUUUCGUUAAAGAAAGAAGAAGUAUGCGUUAAUCCUUACCACUACACGCGUAUCGAAACUCCAGCAUUACCCGCAAUCUUAGUUCCAAGGCAUACGUUAACCAAUGACGAAGGCAACAUAUUUCCUCAUUCGUUAGAAGAUUUGAGCACUUCCGUACCCGAAAACACUUCAUUUCCACAUAAUACAAACAUAAACUUGCAGAUGCAACAUUCAGGGUUCAUGGAUACGGUGGGAUUGUGCCCAAGUAACCUAGAAUCUCCGCAUAGUGCAGCUCCCCCUACAGAGACCCCACCUCCCGGUUAUAUAUCGGAAGACGGUGAUCCCAUUGAUCACAACGACAAUAUGAGUCUGUCACGUUUAACUCCUAGUCCUCCAGUCGACGCUCAACCGGUGAUGUACUGUGAACCCGCAUUUUGGUGUAGCAUCAGUUAUUACGAGCUUAAUACGAGAGUCGGCGAAACCUUCCAUGCCAGUCAACCUUCGAUUACGGUGGACGGAUUUACAGAUCCCAGUAAUUCGGAACGAUUUUGUCUCGGUUUGUUAUCGAAUGUUAAUCGUAAUUCCGUCGUCGAACAAACUCGGAGACAUAUCGGGAAGGGCGUACGAUUGUAUUAUAUAGGUGGCGAAGUGUUUGCCGAAUGUUUAAGUGAUUCUAGCAUCUUUGUUCAAUCGCCAAAUUGUAAUCAAAGGUAUGGAUGGCAUCCUGCAACUGUUUGUAAAAUUCCUCCAGGUACGUAUUUUUGUAAGGCAACACAUCAUACAAUGGUCGAUACAGAUUGACCUCGGUUUUGGGGUAUUACAUUAUUUUGUGGUUAGAAAGUGUUGUACGCCGUAUUAACGCUAUAACAAUUUAUUUGAUGAGUUGGUUCCUCAUAAGUACAGUAUUGCAUUUUUGCCCCACUCUUUUGGAUCAAAUAUGAUUAACUUUGCGAUAUUUUGUAUAUCUAGGGACUUUUUAUAAGAGCCAUCUAGUGUAUAAGUGGUGAAAGUAGAACACUAUUAGCAGAGGCGUACAGUAUACUCACUUGUUUGCUUGUUUUGAUCCCUUCUAACGCCCUAUUUUUUUUAUAUACUUCUAUGUGACACCCUGUGUAUAACAGGCUGCACUAGACAAUUUUCCCCCAUGGGAAGAAAAUGAGUAGAAUCAAGAAAAUGAAAAAUGUAUGGUAAGCAAAAAUAAAGAAAUUGAUGCGCUAGCGAUUUAGUUUCUCUCAAAAAAAUUUUAAGUGUCAAAUUUUGAAGAAAAAAGGUUAUUACAGCGAAAUCGUUAAAGUUAAGAGUAUAACAUGGUACAAUACAAAAUAAGUACUUUCAGAAUCUGCAAUUAUAUAUGGGGUGGUUCACUAAAAAAAACAAAAGUGUGAUCGCUGCUGGAAUAUAGUACGCCUCUGGUCAUCUGGUGAUCAAAAAUAUUUUAGAGUAUGGCGACUGUAAUAACAUGCAGAAUUUUCCUCUAAAACUUUUUUCGCUAAUUUUUAUGGUACUACACCCUGUAUGUUACAGGAAAAGUAAAUUCUCCAAUAAGAGUUGACUCUAGUUACAGAUUUUAUUGUAGUAUCUAGUUACAGAUACAGUUACCUUCACAGGGUAUCUAGAUACUUCUCAGUAACAAAUUUUUAGUUGUUUCUUUUCCAUCCCAAAUUCUAAAAUCGAACUAAAAAAGUGUUUUAAUGAGACAAACAUUUAAUUUUUAGAUAUCAUUUUUUAGAACACAUUUAUACACUUACUGCCAUCAGUGAGACACUUCUCCACUACCAGCCUUGUAUAAUAUGACCAAAUUUCUCAUAAGGUGGCCCCAAAUUGACCAUUUGUGUUGAUUAGAACCAGUUCACUUUUUUUGUCUUCCAAGAAGAAAAUGUGAUAUUUCAAAAUAACCCCAAGUGGUGUGUGUAUACAACAAAACGCCCUUUGCCCACCUAGUACCAAAAUUCUGUCGUUUCAUAGCGUGGGUUGAAAACAAUCCCAUUUUCCACGGCGUAUUUUGAGAGUGUAACAAUUGCAUAAUCUG